AUGUACAUAAACAUUGUUGGCUCAUCUUCUUCUUCUCCUUCUCCUUCUCUUCCAUCAUUACCCUUCACCAGACCUCAUAUUUACACCUCCAUACCCUUCUUCACCAUCCCUAAAUCAACACAACGCAAUCCCAUCUUCAAAGUCUCUGCCUUUACUCCUUCUUCACCAUCACCAUCCACACAAACCAAAAACGUAUGGAGAAAACAACCGGAGAAAUCAACACCGUCGAGGAACCACCGGAGGUACCAAAGAUCUACCUUUCUCGAUCACAAAGUCGACAUGGACGACCUUCUAGCUUCAAUUCACCAAACCCAGAACGAAGACGAGCUUUUUACUCUGCUUUCUCUUUACAAAGACAGACAAUUGUCAAUCCGGUUCAUGGUCUCGCUUCUCUCCCGAGAAAACGACUGGCAGAGAUCAUUAGCAUUGCUCGAUUGGGUCCACGACGAAGCCAAAUACACACCUUCCGUGUUCGCCUACAACGUCGCUCUCCGAAACGUCCUCAGAGCAAAGCAAUUCGAGAUUGCACACGGACUGUUCGACGAAAUGUGUCAUAGAGCUCUUGCACCCGAUAGGUUCACUUAUUCGACUCUAAUCACUUCGUUUGGUAAAGAAGGAAUGUUCGAUUCUGCUCUCUCUUGGCUUCAGAAGAUGGAGCAAGACCGUGUUUCAGGUGAUCUUGUUCUCUAUAGCAACCUCAUUGAGCUCUCUAGGAGGCUCUGUGAUUACUCUAAAGCGAUCUCCAUCUUCUCGAGGUUGAAGAAGUCCGGAAUCACGCCUGAUCUCGUCGCGUAUAACUCGAUGAUCAAUGUCUAUGGAAAGGCGAAAUUGUUCAGAGAGGCUCGUUUGCUUAUAAAGGAGAUGAAGGAGGAAGCUGGUGUAGAGCCUAACACAGUUAGUUACUCGACUCUGUUGAGUGUUUACGUUGAGAACCAGAAGUUUCUUGAAGCUUUAUCUGUUUUCGCAGAGAUGAAAGAAGUGAACUGCUCUUUGGAUCUCACCACUUGCAACAUCAUGAUCGAUGUUUAUGGUCAGCUUGACAUGGUGAAAGAAGCUGAUAGGUUGUUUUGGAGCAUGAGGAAGAUGGAGAUCGAGCCGAACGUUGUUAGCUACAACACUAUCCUCCGUGUCUACGGUGAAGCUGAGCUGUUCGGCGAAGCGAUUCAUCUCUUCAGGUUGAUGCAGAGGAAAGAGAUUGAGCAGAACGUUGUGACUUACAACACUAUGGUUAAGAUCUAUGGGAAGACGCUUGAGCAUGAGAAGGCGACGAAUCUUGUUCAGGAGAUGCAGAGCAGAGGGAUAGAGCCUAACGCUAUUACCUACUCGACGAUCAUAUCGAUAUGGGGGAAAGCUGGGAAGUUGGACCGAGCUGCGAUGUUGUUUCAGAAGCUCAGGAGGUCUGGUGUGGAGAUUGAUCAGGUUCUGUAUCAGACUAUGAUUGUUGCUUAUGAAAGAGUUGGUCUAAUGGGUCACGCUAAGCGUCUGCUUCAAGAGCUAAAGCGUCCUGACAAUAUCCCUCGCGAGACUGCGAUCACGAUUCUUGCGAAAGCCGGGAGGAUGGAGGAGGCCACGUGGGUUUUCCGGCAAGGUUUUGAAGCAGGGGAGGUGAAAGACAUAUCUGUGUUUGGUUGUAUGAUCAAUCUUUACUCGAGAAACCAGAGGUAUGUGAAUGUGAUCGAAGUCUUUGAGAAGAUGAGAAGCGCUGGCUAUUUCCCGGAUUCGAACGCGAUUGCUUUGGUGUUGAAUGCGUAUGGGAAGCAGAGAGAGUUUGAGAAGGCUGAUACGGUUUACAGAGAGAUGCAAGAGGAAGGGUGUGUUUAUCCUGAUGAAGUUCAUUUCCAGAUGCUGAGUUUGUAUUCGUCGAAGAGAGAUUUCGAGAUGGUUGAGUCGUUGUUUGAGAGAUUGGACUCUGAUGCUAAUGUUAAUAACAAGGAGUUGCAUUUGGUUGUGGCGGCUUUGUAUGAGAGAGCUGAUAAACUGAAUGAUGCUUCGAGAGUCAUGAAUCGGAUGAGAGAAAGAGGGAUUUUGAAGCCGUUCUAG